CAUUUGAAACCUUGAGGCUGUUUCUCCUUUGCUUGGAAGGAACCACCAGAAAUAGUUGUAGGUGCUAAUUGCCCAUUAUUCUCACUAAUGUGAAAUUGUUAAUUGGGAUCUUUGAACAUUUUACUUGCUUGAAUCCUAACUGGGGGAGCUCAAGAUGGAAGGACCGUUCAGUGGCUCGCUUCCCGUCGUGCCGUUCGGGGUCUCUUCCAACGCCUGAAUGGUUCUUCCUCAAGUCGCUUACGCCAAGAAGUGGGGUCCAGGCUGCGAAGUCUUCCAACAUCUCACAUUACAAAGAUGGCACUGCUGAAAGUCAAAUUCAAUCAGAAGAAACGGGUAAAACUAGCACAGGGACUAUGGCUCAUGAACUGGUUUUCAGUGUUUGCUGGAAUCAUUGUUUUUAGCAUGGGAUUGUUCCUCAAAAUUGAACUCCGGAAGCGAAGCGAAGUGAUGGACAAUUCUGAAAGCCACUUUGUGCCCAAUUCUUUGAUAUUGAUGGGUAUAUUAUCCUGCGCCUUCAAUGGGUUUGCUGGCAAAAUUUGUUAUGAUUCUCUGGAUCCUGCUAAAUUUGCCAAGUGGAAGCCUUUGCUGAAACCUUACCUGGCACUAUGUCUCUUCUUUAACAUACUCAUUUUCUUUGUUGCUCUGAUUUGUUUUCUCAUGCGGGGCUCUCUGGACAGCACACUGGCCCAGGGGCUCAAGAAUGGCAUGAAGUUCUACAGGGACACAGACACCCCCGGAAGAUGCUUCAUGAAGAAGACCAUCGACAUGCUCCAAAUUGAGUUCAAAUGCUGUGGCAACAACGGCUUCAAAGAUUGGUUCGAAAUUCAGUGGAUCAGCAACAGAUACCUGGACUUCAGCUCCAAAGAAGUGAAAGAUCGGAUCAAAAGCAACGUGGACGGAAGGUACUUGGUGGACGGUGUCCCUUUCAGCUGCUGCAACCCCAGCUCCCCGAGACCCUGCAUCCAGUACCAGGUCACCAACAACUCAGCCCACUACAGCUAUGACUACCAAACGGAGGAGCUCAACCUCUGGCGCCGUGGCUGCCGGGAAGCCCUCCUGCACUACUACAGCAGCAUGAUGAGCUCCAUGGGUGCCGUCGUCCUCCUCGUCUGGCUUUUUGAGAUGUCCGUGAUGGUUGGCUUGCGUCUUCUGCACACCUCUCUGGAAAGCAUUGCAAAUCCCGAAGACCCUGAAUGUGAAAGCGAAGGGUGGGUCCUGGAGAACAAUCUGAAGGACACUUUGAAGUCUGCGCUGGAGAGUUUGAAAAAGAUUGGUAAGUUCAAUCAGGUGGAAGCAGACGCCGAAGGGGCUGAAGGAGAGGAAGGUGGGAAGACGCCAGCCAUCACAACGGUCAGUUGAGCUUCUAACUGAUGUGGACUUUUUAUCGGAGAGAAAUAAAAAAACCUGAGAGUUGUGAAUACCUACAUUUUAAAAGCUAUGUAUCAACCAUCAGAAUACACAUUUCUAUGCGUGCUUUUUUUUUUUUGUACAUGGGAGCAUACAACAUAGUGCACCAUGGGAUAAUACACUUAUCCACAAUGUGAGUACACCCUAUUCAUAUCUUCUUGGGGAAAUGACCCCACUAGGACUUACAAUAUUCACAUGUUCCCUUAUCAAGGACAGUUAGUUUAAAAAAAAAAAAUUAAAAAAAGAAUU